AUGUUGGUGAUUGGACUUCUUUACUCCGUGUUCUUGGUCCUCGGAAAAUAUACUGGGUAUCUAGCCUUCGGGAUCGAUAUGUGGAAUUUGGGGUACGAAACGAUUACUACCGCUCUAAAGUACUUCUACAUUUGCGAGAGUUUCUAUAUCCUCGGUCUUGCCCUCUGUAAGGUUUCCGUGUUGUUCUUUUACCUCUGUAUCUUUCCCUCUCACAGAUUCAUUAUAGCGAUAUAUAUUUCUAUGGCUAUCAUUAUGCCGAUCUAUUGGGUAUGGCAUGGCUGGCGAUUAGCCUACUACAGAGAUCGAUGUAUGGAUAUAUAUACAAUUACCUUUGUUGCUGCAGGUCUGAAUAUCUUUCAGGAUUUGGUGGUGCUCCUUCUACUACUGACAUCCUUAUUCCGGCUAAAAAUGGAAAAGAAAUCUAAAUUGGGCAUUAUCGUCAUGUUCAGCCUAGGAAUUUUCGUUACAAUUACUUCUUGUAUAUGA